AUGCACGUUCUCGUGACAGCAUGCCUUGCCGCAAUGGCCCACGCAAACAUUUUGACGUUUGACACGCUCCCGGUGAAUGCGGCGGGCGCGUGGUUCGGGUCAGGGCCCAUGCAGGCCAAGUAUGCUUGCUCCGACCCAAGUACCUCGUCCGGCUUGGAGGAGUGCCUCUCGGUCCUGCUGGCACCAAACGGCUGGCCGGACAGCUACUUGAAGCUCGGAGGAAGUCAGUCAGGGAACAUUGUGUUUCUCGCUGCACCGACCGGAGGCAUGGGGGGCAUGGACGACCUCGUCGAUGGUGUGGCCGGGAGCGCUUGGGAUGGCUUCUUAGUUGCCACGGACUUUGCUCUGCCCUGGGCUCCGACCGUCAGCGCAAUACAAAUGAUGUUGUCGCAGCUGAUCGUUAGCAACGGGUUCUCGGCAAGGAUUGAUGACGACGGAUGCCUCGGGCCCGUCAACAAUACUCCAGGCUUCGAUGCCACGACCCUUGCAGAGAAGUGCCCAGGCGUGAAGAAUCUCACCAGUGGAAUGUACAAGUACACGUUCUUCGCCUACCAGGACUCGCGCGGCACCGAUUGCGACAACUGCACCCUCACUUUCCGGAACAGGAUCGAUGUUGGAAUUUUCACCAACAUCACCAUUAACUCGGACCAGACACUCGACACCAUCGGGGCUGCGCCUGUCUCGAAGAUACGUUUCGAGGCCAACUCGAGCAUGCAACUCGAAAUCGAGCUUCCGACCCUGGUCACCAGCGGCCGAAAGGAUUCCCAGAAGUCAGACCCCUCAGGGGCCACCGUGACGGUCACAAAGAUCACCGACACGUCCUUCUACCUGGAUUUUGCUAUGGCAGCUCCGGGUCCAGACAAUAUUGCCUUCUACGACCCUGCAGUGACGGGAUCAGGCCCAGCAGGCCCUGGCGGCUCCAGCGUAUCGGCUGGGCUCGCCUCGGGUCCUCUCUGGGCCCUUGUUGCGUUCCUUCUGUCCUUCUUGCCUUAG